AUGGAUCGACAUAGGGAUCGUUCAGUAUUACCUCCGUUGAGGAUAUCACCUCCACCGACGAGAGCACGUCCAGCGAGGAUGUCACCUCCGCUGAGAAGAUCACGUCCAGCUACGCCAGAGGUUCAGAUGCCUGAGUCCAGCGUUGAUCGAGAUAGAGAGGGCCGUCCAGUAUCGCCUCCUGCACCUAGUCCCCGUGCUUCGACGAUUGAUUUGUUCGACCCCCUGAUGGAGAUGAGAGGAGACAUGGCAGAGUUACGGGGUAAUGUCGUGACACUACGAGCUGAGCUCGGGGACACGGCACAGUUACGAUAUGAUGUCGCGAUGUUACGAGCUGGGUUAGGAGACCUCCAUGCUGAUGUUGCAGCGAUACGGGGUGACAUAGCAGGCCUGCGGGGGACGAGCGAUUAUCGAGAUGGAGGAGGUAGCGGAGGGACAGGUCACUAUCGGGACGGAGGGGGUGACGGAGGGGUCGGUGGUUAUCAGGGGGGAGUGGGUCAGAUGGGGUAUGUUGACUCAUCGUGGCCAUCAGUUGCUGCAUUUGAUUCAUUUUUAGAUGACACGAUGGGGAUGGAAGAGCGAGAGAGGAUACCUGUGGUGGAGGGGAUGCCCGCGCAGGAUAUACCUGAGGACGUGGAGGGGGUACCUGAGGAGGAGAGGGUACCGGAGAUGGAGGUGGAGGUGGUAUCGGAGGUGGUACCCGUGCAGGGGAUACCCGGGGAUGCCGAGGGGGUACCGGAGGAGGAUAGGGUACUGGAGCUAGAUGUGGUACCCGUGCACGGGAUACCCGGGGAUGUCGAGGGGGCACCGGAGGAGGAGAGGGUAUCGGAGGUGGAGGUGGUACCCGAGAAGACGCCAGACUCGCCGGUCUUGGUCUUUGUGUCGGAGGAGGUGGUCCCGACAGCGGGCGAGGGGGUCGUCCCGAUGGCUGGGGAGAUGGAGAUUCCCGAGGCACAUGAGGAGCGGGUGGUCGGCAAGAGGCCAAGGGUGCCAUCACAGUACGUUCUUUCUCCCUUUACCGCGGAGGCGAAGAGGAGAAGGUUCGUCGACGGGACGCACCCGAAUUUAUUCAGGGAGGUGGACCACACCAAGUGGAAAGCCUUUGAGACAGAGUGGAGAGCACUGCAGCCUGGGGCCAGCCGCACGAUUGCUGAGAAGACGAUCUCAAAUGCUUACAAGUGCACAUCGACUUGA